AUGGGAGAGGACAUCGGGACACCUUAUAGCGAGAUGAAGACCCCCAGUACCUUCCUGUCACAAUUUUGCUUGGGUUUGGCAGUUUGCAUCGGGGUCUGCACCUGUAAGCCAGUCAACAACGACAUCCAAAGCCUGGAGCCGGAGGAACCCAUCUCCACUCUGCCAGAGGACUUUCUGGAGGAAGAGGACACAGAGUCGAGAAUAGAGAACCUAUUGGGAACCAUGAAGGAGAGUUUCCUGAGACAGCUCAACCUGUCCGACGUUCCACAGGAGCACAGCAAGAUUUCCCCUCCUCAGUUCAUGGUGGAGCUGUACAACAAAUAUGCCUCCAAUACGUCAGCGAUUCCUGAGUCGGACGUUAUUCGAAGCUUCACUGUGAAAGAUAUCAUUCCAAGUGUGACAAACGGCUCAAAGCCGAAGCACAGGCUGCAGUUCAACCUCAGCAUCCCCAGUCACGAAAAGAUCAACACCGCCGAACUGCAGCUCCUUUUAUUUCCGGAUGCCGAGUCCAAGGUCAGUUCUCCGAGUUACAACGCUUCCGUCGAAGUGUAUGAGGCCAAUGAUAAUUUCACGUCCCAGGCACAGCUACUGGACGGCAGGGAGGUGGCGGGCCCGCAGACCACAUGGGCCACGUUUGAUGUGACCGCAGCUAUUCGGAGAUGGAUUAAGUCAGGCCAAGGCACCACUGCUUUUGAUGUCGUGGUGGAUAGGAAUGAUUGCGGGGCCCCCGACGGCGGAGCCAGCUGUUUGAAUAUGAGCAUGUCUGUUGGAGAUAAUGCUUCAGCUGCUCUAAUAGUCUUCUCAGAUGACUUCGGCAGCAGGGGGAGGGAGGCAAAGAAGGAACUCAGGGAGAUGAUCUUUCACGAAGAAGAAACCCUAUUGCACUCCGGGGCCGACUGGAACAGAAGGGAUCGGCUUCCCAACGAGAUCCCGGACGCUCGGCACCCGUGGAGAACAAAGCGAAAGGCGGAGAGGGAGCACUGCCGGCGAACGUCACUCAAAGUCAACUUUAAAGACAUCGGCUGGGACAGCUGGAUCGUGGCGCCUCCGGAAUACGACGCCUUUGAAUGCCGAGGCCUGUGCUACCACCCGCUCACGGAUGAAUCCACCCCGUCCAAGCACGCCCUCAUCCAGACGCUGAUGAACAUCAGGGACCCUAAAAAGGCCAGCAUGGCGUGCUGCGUCCCCACAAAACUGGACCCCAUCACAAUCAUGUAUCACGAAAACGGACGGCUCACUAUAAGAUACCUUUAUGAGGAGAUGAAGGUGGCCGAGUGUGGCUGCAGGUAG